AUGAGUUGCGAUGAGAGGCGGACGAUUGACGAGAGUUUGCUUGUGGAUCCGAAAAUGUUGUUCAUCGGCUCCAAAAUCGGGGAAGGGGCUCACGGCAAAGUCUACCAAGGAAGGUACGGGACGCGGAUUGUUGCAAUCAAAGUUCUCCACCGCGGGACCAAGCCAGAUGAGACAUGCUCACUCGAGAGCCGUUUCAUCCGUGAAGUCAAUAUGAUGUCCCGAUUCAUUGGAGCCUGCAAAGAUCCUCUAAUGGUCAUAGUAACAGAGCUGCUCCCAGGGAUGUCACUGCGUAAAUAUCUCAUGAGCAUCCGCCCUGAGCUGCUUGAUCUCCGUCUCGCCCUGAGCUUUGCCCUCGACAUUGCCAGGGCCUUGGACUGCUUACACGCCAAUGGAAUCAUACACCGAGACCUCAAACCUGACAACUUACUGCUGACGGAGAACCACGGAUCCGUGAAGCUUGCUGAUUUUGGGCUUGCUAGGGAAGAAACGGUGACAGAGAUGAUGACCGCGGAGACGGGGACAUACCGUUGGAUGGCUCCUGAGCUCUACAGUACAGUGACGCUGCGCCAAGGAGAGAAGAAGCAUUACAACAACAAAGUAGAUGUCUACAGCUUUGGAAUAGUCCUAUGGGAGCUCCUGACAAAUCGGAUGCCGUUCGAGGGGAUGUCCAACCUGCAAGCCGCCUAUGCAGCAGCUUUCAAGCAGGAGAGGCCGGGAAUGCCAGAGGGAAUAUCUCCGAGCCUCGCGUUCAUAGUGCAAUCGUGUUGGGUGGAGGACCCGAACAUGAGGCCAAGCUUCAGCCAGAUUAUCAGAUUGCUCGACGAGUUCCUCCUUACCCUCUCUCCUCCUCCUCCUCCUCAGCCUCUGCCUGAGACUGAGGCCAGCAGAAGCAACGGCGGAGCCAUCACUGAGUUCUCGAGCCGUGCAAAAGGGAAGUUUGCAUUCAUUCGCCAACUCUUUGCUGCCAAGAGGAACAACAGAAACUCUUAG